UACUAAAAGCAGAGGGGCUGAAAUGCCCUGCCCUAUAAAAAGAAGCGAAAAGCAUCUUCUUUUGGCGUCUGGCAGCUUUUUUCUGGCAACAUUAACCGCCCGCGGUGCGCCUUUACGCACACGCGUUCGCUUCUGGUCAAAGUGUUCAUCCAUAUGGAUUCAUUAAAACUUCUGCUUUUGUGUCCCACCAUCACAAAAUGAACAGGGCCCUCUUUUUUUUCUUUUUUUUUUGUCAUGACAGAUUGCGUGGAAAAAUCGGUGUCUGUGAAGGAAUUUCCCUGCGCGGAGAGAAUAUUUAUCAAGCCUUUAAGCUGUCAGGAAUGCUGACCAAAGGAAGAGAAAUAUGUUAAUAAUGUAGGCUACUGCCAUACCAAAUAUGGUAAUAUUGUUACGUGUGAGCUCUGGUGCGCGCAUCUGGAAGCGCUUAUGCUCCUCUGGAUGAAGGCACCGGAGAGCCAGAAAUAGAUGCUGUUUAACGCACACGUUUCAGACCCCCUAAAAAACCAUCUGUUGUUUCGUUUCCUUCUCGUGUGGUGUGCUUCAACUUUGUGAUAAGAAAAGAUUUUCUAAGACUGAAAAAAGAAGUGACAGAAAAAACAAACAUCUUUCUUCAAAAGAAUGAGUGAAAGGACGCAGACGUGCGUAAAACCCCCCGCUAGACAAAAAAAAAAAAAAUCAAUUGAAGCUGACUUGAUAGAUGUGAGAAGCGAGCAGAGGAGGAAAAUGAAAGGGAGGAUAAACGAGAGGAGGAAAAAUAUGAGACGGAAAAGUGUGUGCAGAUGGGGGGAAAAAUCCACAGAAGAAAAAAAAUGAGAGAGAAAGCUUUAGACAGGGUGGAGCUUAGGUCUCGGAUGGAAAAUGCGCCGAGAAACAUUCCUGGCAUACUUUGGGAACAGUUCAGCAGGCAGCCCAGGAACGACGUCAGCUUCCCGCUUAACUAUAAAAGUCCGGAGGUGGCCGGGCUUCAGCAGACUGCAACAGCUUUACCGAGAGCCUCAUCUGCUCUGAGGGAGCCUCUGACGCCAGAGACUACCAGCAAACAAGAGAGACGAACGGCUUAGAGGGAAUACCCACGAUCUCCCCCACGACUUUUUCACAGGAUUCCUCCUGAACGCGCACAAGAUAUUCGCCCAAGAUGCUGAUGCUUCAAUUUCUCGUUAUCUUCCUCGGAAGCCUCACCCUGGUCCUCUCCACCUCCCCAUCCUCCUGCCCCUCCGUGUGUGAGUGUCAGCUGGAGAUGCCCAAGUGCGCACCCGGCGUGAGCGUCGUCCUGGACGGCUGUAACUGCUGCAGAGUUUGCGCCAGGCAGCUGAACGAGGACUGCAGCCUGACCGAGCCUUGCGACCACACCAAAGGGCUGGAGUGUAACUUUGGGGCCACUCUCGCUGCUGCUACCACCCGUGGCAUCUGCCGAGCAAAGUCAGAGGGCAGACCCUGCGAGUACAACAGCAGGAUCUACCAGAACGGGGAGAGCUUCCAGCCCAACUGUAAACACCAGUGCACAUGCAUCGAUGGAGCAGUGGGAUGUGUCCCACUGUGUCCGCAGGAGCUCUCCCUGCCCAAUUUGGGCUGCGCCAACCCCAGACUUGUCAAGGUGGCCGGCCAGUGCUGUGAGGAGUGGGUGUGUGAUGACGGCAAGGAGACGGAUAUCCUGGAGAAGAUCUUUGGCAAAGACACGCUGACUGAGGAGCUGGAGAAAGAUCUCACCAACAGGAAUGAGCUCAUUGCAAUUGUCAAAGGAGGACUUAAGACUCUGCCUGCAUACAGACCACAGCCUGAAGUUUACAUGUUCGAUUCCCCCAAAUGUAUCGUCCAAACCACACCCUGGUCCCAGUGCUCCAAGACCUGUGGAACUGGCAUCUCCACCAGGGUGACCAACAACAACAACGAAUGCAAGCUGGUCAGAGAAACACGACUCUGCGAAGUCCGGCCAUGCACCCAAUCACCUUACUCUAGUCUGAAGAAAGGAAAGAAGUGCAACAGAACCAAGAAGUCAAGCCAGCCGGUCAAGUUCACCUACGCCGGCUGCUCCAGCGUGAAGAAGUACCGGCCCAGAUACUGUGGAUCCUGCGUGGACGGCCGCUGCUGCAGCCCCCACGACACCAGGACCAUCCAGGUCAAGUUCCGCUGCGAGGAUGGCGAAACUUUCUACAAGAAGAUGAUGAUGAUCGAGAGCUGCAAGUGCACUCACAACUGUCCCCAUGUCAACGAAGCCUCCUACCCCUUCUACCGCCUUUCCAAUGACAUCCACAAGUUCAGAGACUGAUUGGUGACAGACAUCCGACCCCCCUCAGCAGGAGACAGAGAUUGGCGGCCAAUGGCAGCCUCAACACAUGCAGGGGUGUAAAUAGACUGUCAACUACCAGCUUCUUGUUGUAACUAGAUUCCCAAGGAAUUGUGGGCUUACAUCAUGAGGACUCAAUGAAGUGCACUGUAUGCUGUGACUACAUCAGCAUUCUCAAUACAAAUCGCUUCAUAUUACUGGAGCAUUGAAGUAGCUUCGUCAUGGAGCAGGAUGUAAUUAAUAUUUGUACAUUGAACUUAGCGGCUGAUAUCAAUUCACUGUGUAUAUUUUGAUGUUUUUUAUGCAGACAUGACCCAGACUGUAGACUUGCGUGUGCAUAUGGAGAUAUGCACAUGCGCAACGUUACUUAGCCUACCAUCUUAUUAUAUCUUAACAACAACAAAAUGCAAACCUUUUCACUUGUUUGACAAGUGUGCAGUUUGGUUCCUUCCUGACGUGGGCAUUACUGUUCAUGUUUCGUGGCAGCUAUCGAUCUCCCUUUAUGAAAAGACAUACAUGUCAAAGAAUGAAUGAAUGUUGUUUUUUUUAUUUGUUAUUAAUAUUAUUUAUCAAAAUUAAACGUAGCUACUUUAUUUGGAUAUUAUGUGUCAUACUGGAAUAAAUUGUAAAAUGAUUUAAUUUUAUAUGCUACAAUAAAAUUGAUUUAUUUAUGAAAUG